AGUGUGGCCCCAGAAGUGCCACCUGUCAGUGCUCAUCAGUGCCACAUGUCAGUGCUCAUCAGUGCCACCCAUCAGUGCCAAUCAGUGCUGCCAAUCAGUGCCACCUAUCAGUGCAAGUCAGUGUCACUUAUCAGUGCGCAUCAGUGCCGCAUAACAGUGCCAGUCAGUGCCGCCUAUCAGUGCCAUAUAUCCGUGUCAUGUAUCAGUGUCAUGUAUCAGUGCUACCUUUCAGUGCCCAUCAGUGAUGCCUGUCAAUGCCCAUCAGUGCAACCUACCAGUGCCUCCUCGUCAGUG